CCACUCCUCUCACUUCCAUCUCCUUUGGAACAAGGUGCAGCUCCAGCCACAGGAUAUGUCCUGCUACAACCCGUGCCUGCCCUGCCAGUCCUCUGGCCCAACCCCACUGGCCAACAGCUGCAAUGAGCCCUGUGUCCAACAGUGCCAGGACUCCCAUGUUUACAUCCAGCCCUCCCCUGUGGUGGUGACCCUGCCCGGCCCCAUCCUCAGCUCCUUCCCGCAGAACACCGCCGUGGGAUCCUCCACCUCCGCUGCCGUUGGCAGCAUCCUCAGCUCUCAGGGAGUGCCCAUCAACUCCGGGGGCUUUGGUCUCUCUGGCUUGGGCAGUGGCAUCUGUGGCACAAGGAGGCGUUUCCCUUGCUAAGGCUGCUGGUGAUGGCCCUGGGGAAGGCCCCCAAAAACCCACAAGAUGGGACUGGACUGGGGAGGGAGCAUUGGGUUGUUGCUUUCAGAGGGGCUGAGCAACCCCAGCACCCCUUGCAAAAGGACGGGGUCAGCCUGGUCUCUCAGAGAGCAUGGCCCAUGCCUCCCUUCCCCUCUUCCAGUGUCUCCUGUUCCUCUUGUGUCCUUGUUCUCUUAUGCUCCCCUGCGCUGUGAGCCUCAGAAGGAAAGCCUAUGAAGGACCUGAUGGUCCUCCUAACACUGUAAGACAGGGAGAUGGACACCUUGUUGAAUCUCUUCUACAGGCAUAGCGUAUAGGUUCCUGUCUGAGUUGGUGCUCCCUGCUCCAAGAUCUCCGCUGAGAACAACCUGUUUUCCUCUUCUGCCUCAUUAAAGUUCUGCUGCAUCCCA